UCCCCGCGGGUUUGGCCCUCUCGGGCCGCCGUCGCGACCGGUAACGGCGCCUCCAAGGGCGCCUUGCGCGGGGCCGGGCUGCCCGGGCGGCGGCCUCCCCGCGCCUCUGCUGCGGCGGCUGGUGAAGGGCCGAGGCGCUGAGCAGCGAUGUCGGAGACGAGUGGAAACGGCGAUUCCUCCUUCUCCUCCUUCCCCUCCUCGCCGCAGGGCGCGGAGCGCGGCCGCCUCUCGCUGCCGUCCACCUCCCGCAACGGCGCCGUGCCCCAGCACCGGCAGCAGCGGCUGUCGAGCCGCCCGCGCCCGCCGGCCUCCGGGGAGGAGGGAGAGGAGCCGGAGACGGCGGGAGACAAGCCCGGGCAGCCGGAGAGCGCCGGGGGCGUCGGCGAUGAGCGCAGCAGGAGGAUGAUCCGGAACCAGUACCGGGAGCUCAUCUACAACGUGCAGCAAAAUCGUGAGGAUAUGCUGAGUUCAAAAAGCAACAGACUGACAGAAGCUUUGGAAGAAGCCAAUAAACUUUUUAGUGGAGUUUCCUGUGCACGAGAGGCUGCGUUGGAUGCCCAGUUUCUUGUCUUAGCAUCAAAUCUAGGGAAGGAGAAGGCCAAUGAGUUGCAUUCUGAGAUGACAGCAUUUGACUCACUAGCAUUUGCAGAGGACUUGCUAACCUUCAUGGGUAUAAAUCGCAUAGAAGUGGACGAAAAUGAUAGCGAUUCUGAGGGCAUUUCAGGUGGCUAUUUACCCAGUAAUGCCUGGCAUAAGCUGGGAGAAGAAACAGAAAAGUACUUCAGAAGAGCACCUUCUUUUCACUAUAUGUUGGGAUCUUUCAAGUCUGAACCUCCUGUACCAAGGCAACGGAUCGAAAGGCAGAAAAAGGCUCCAGGAGGACAAGAAAAACGGGCAAUGCCUGCCCAGUUAAAAAAAAUGGAAGAGUCUCAUCAGGAAGCUACAGAAAAAGAAGUAGAGAGGAUUUUGGGAUUAUUGCAAACCCAUUUUAAAAAUGAUCCCGAUACACCUAUUUCCUUCUUUGACCUUGUGAUAGAUCCAAACUCUUUUGCACGCACUGUGGAAAACAUCUUUCAUGUGUCCUUCAUUAUAAGGGAUGGUUUUGCAAGAUUAAAGUUGGAUGAUGAUAAACUGCCAAUAAUAGAGCCUUCAAAAGACAGCGAGGGAAGAGAGAACGACCGUGGUGCUGGAGCGCGGAACCAGAUUGUCAUAUCUCUGAACCAGCAAGAAUGGAAGGAGAUCGUAGAAACAUAUGAAAUAACAGAACCCAUGAUUAGCCCUCCUGAUGAUGGAAAUGAAGAUGACAUGGAGAUAGCUUAAUACUUACAUUCAUGAGUUGAAUACAUCAGCCUGAAGGACUUAGGGGAGAAGGGGAGGGGAAGACACUCUGGUUCCCUCUAAAGUGCUUUAAAAGAUAAGACUGAAUUACUUUAUUGUCACAGUUGUUUGGUAAGUUCCAAAUCUUAAUGCAUAUUGUCUGAUUGUCUUCUCUAUUUUUUUUCUUUCCCUCUAGGUGCCUUAAAAAAUUUUAAAAUGUUUUCUUCAGAAAGAAUUUUAUAUGUAUAUAUUGUAAAAUUAAAUUUAUUUUUAUUGGAA